AUGGGUAAAGGAGACAUUAAGAAGGCUGUUAAGCCAGCCAAAGAAGCGUUGAAGGGGAAGAAAUUGGAGAAGGCAGUGAAGACUUUGAAGGAGAAGGUCAAGGAGACCAAGAAGAAGGGUAAGGGUAAGAAGAAGGAGGAGAGUGAGAGCGAGUCUAGUGACUCUAGCGAUUCGAGCGAUUCGAGCGAUUCUGAGGGCGAGAAAGAUUCUAGCCAUUCUAGCGAUUCGAGCGACUCAAACGAUUCGUCUAAUUCUAGUGAUUCUAGUGAUUCUGACAACUCGAGCGACUCUGACAGUUCCGAGAGCUCUGAUUCCGAGUCUGACUCUGAGGAGGAGAAGAAAGAGGAGAAGAAGGAGAAGAAGGAGAAGAAGGAGGAGAAGAAGGAGAAGAAGGAGAAGAAGGAGAAGAAGGUAAAAGAAGAAAAGAAGGAAGAGAAGAAGGAGAGUUCUGAUUCAGAUAGUUCUGACUCUGACGCUUCUGGCUCUGACAGUUCUGAUUCUGACAGUUCCGACUCCGAUAGCUCUGAUUCCUCUGAUUCCGAUAGCUCUGACUCUUCGAACUCUUCUGACUCUGACUCUGACUCUGAGGAAAAGAAAGAGAAAAGCACGGUGAAGAAACAGAGCUCCAGUAGCGACAGCGACAGUUCUGAUAGCGACGGCUCUGACAGCGACAGUUCAGACAGUGACAGCUCUGAGUCUGCAUCUGAUGCCUCUGAGCCUCGCAAGAGAAAGGCUGAAGAAGAGCAAGAGACCCCAUCUAAGAAACCUAAGGAGGUUGCCACUCUGUUUGUCGGAAGACUGGCGUGGGCAGUCGACGACCAGAGACUUUUAGAGGAGUUCCAAUCUCUGGACGGAGUUUUGUCCGCCAGAGUUAUGACAGAGCGGGAAACCGGUCGUUCGAGAGGGUACGGAUACGUUGACUUUGAGUCCAAAGAACAGGCACAGAAAGCUCUGGAACAGUUCCAGGGCAGAGAGAUCGAGGGAAGACCAAUUAAUCUUGACAUGUCGACUUCGAAGCCUCAGACACCGUCUCAGAACCAGAAGUUCCAGGACAGAGCCAAGAAGUACGGCGACACUCCAUCGCAGCCUUCCGACACCCUGUUUGUUGGAAAUCUCUCGUUCCAGGCCGACAGAGACACUCUGAAGGAGUUCUUUGAGCAGCACGGUACCGUUUUGGGCAUCAGGAUCCCUACUCACCCUGAGUCCGAGCAGCCUAAGGGAUUCGGAUACGUCCAAUUCGGCUCUGUUGACGAGGCCAAGGCGGCUUUGGAGGCCCUGAACGGCGAGUACAUUGCUGGCAGACCUGUGCGUCUGGACUUUAGUGCUCCAAGAGACCCUAACGGAGGCUCUCGUAACGGCACGCCUACCCCUCGGGGUGGCCGUGGAGGAUUUGGCGGCGGACGCGGAGGAGCUCGCGGUGGCUUCGGCAGAGAGCGUUCCAGCGGAAGUGGCUCCAAUUCCAUUCCUGUGGCCUUCAAGGGUAAAAAGAAGACUUUCGCCUAA